AUGAUAGACAGUGUGACUCACUUUGACGGAUCCGAGAAGACUUCCUCGCCGGACUCUAUUUCGGCAGAUGUCGAACGCUCCCCGACACUAAGUAAACAGGCUCAAUCAGACGAAAUACCAGAUGGCGGCUAUGGUUGGGUGUGCACUGCUUGUGUCUUUUUCAUCAAUGCUCAUACGUGGGGUAUCAAUUCUUCCUAUGGGGUGUUCCUAGCCUUCUACCUUGCAAAUGACUAUUAUCCCGAUGCCUCUGCUCUCAAGUAUGCCUUCGUGGGUGGCUUAUCUAUCUCACAAGCACUCUUGAUCUCGCCAUUGUCUACUUACGUGACGCGUGAAUACGGAACAAGGACGACUUUGUUGGUCGGCGUCGCCCUUGAGACUCUCGCUCUGAUUGGCGCCAGUUUUACACAUCAGAUAUGGCAACUCUUCCUCAGUCAGGGGCUGUGCUUUGGAUACGGCAUGGGCUUCCUCUUCGUUGGCUCGGUUGGCAUUGUUCCACAAUGGUUUGCUAAACGCAGAAGCUUGGCCAACGGCAUCGCCACUGCUGGAAGCGGCCUCGGGGGAAUGAUGUACAGUCUUGCGGCAAACGCCAUGAUAGAGUCUCUGGGUGUUGAUUGGGCGUUCCGGAUCCUGGGGCUACUCGCCUGCAGUGUUAACUUCAUCUGCGCGAUGCUAAUCAGAGAUCGAAAUGAGGCCAUUGGAGCAAGGCAGCUCGCGUUCGACUACGCACUAUUCAAAAGGGUCGAAUACUGGAUGCUCUUGAUCUGGGGGUUUCUGAGUAUGCUGGGUUACAUUGUCUUGCUAUUCUCAUUACCAAGUUACGCUGUCAGCGUUGGCCUUUCUGCAAAGCAGGGCUCAGAAAUCGGAGCUUUGCUCAAUCUGGGCCAAGGUUUGGGACGACCUGUGGUUGGUAUUUUCUCUGAUAGUGCCGGCCGCAUCAAUUUGGCGGGUCUUUGCACCUUCCUCGGUAGUCUUUUCAUUUUCGUGAUCUGGAUUUUCGCUAAGAGUUACGGUGUUCUUAUCUUCUUUGCUAUCACCGUGGGUACCGUUGCUGGAACAAUUUGGGUAGCAAUAGCACCUGUUGGGGCUGAAAUUGUUGGUUUGAAGGAUCUACCUUCAGCUUUGUCUAUUUUCUGGCUAUUCCUGGUAAUACCAGCUACAUUCUCUGAGCCCGUUGCACUUGAGUUGAGGCAGCAAAAGGGCAGCAUCUAUCUACAUGCACAGUUAUACGCCGGUUGCAUGUAUUUUGGUGCAGGUUUGUGCAUGUUGGCUUUGAGAGCUUGGAAAAUUGGAGAGAUUGAGGCCAUUGCCGCCAAACAAAAAGCUUCGGAGGGAAGGAUAUUGAACGUGGAGGGCGCACCACAACUUCAUCGUGAGGGUUCGAAAGAAUCGACGAGACAGAAGUCUGGGUUUGCUAAAAGAAUGGUACAGUGGAAGAAGGUUCAUCUUCAGACUGGCCAAUGUGGUAACCAAAUUGGUGCUGCUUUUUGGCAGACAAUCUCUGGCGAACAUGGCCUUGACGGAAAUGGAGUUUACCAUGGCACCUCCGAUCUACAGCUUGAGCGCAUGAACGUCUAUUUCAACGAGGCCUCGCAAAACAAAUAUGUUCCCCGCUCCGUCCUUGUCGACCUUGAGCCAGGUACCAUGGAUGCAGUUCGCGCGGGACCAUUCGGCCAGCUCUUUCGACCAGACAACUUUGUCUUUGGGCAAUCUGGCGCGGGAAACAACUGGGCCAAGGGCCAUUAUACUGAAGGUGCCGAACUGGUUGAUCAGGUGCUAGAUGUCGUUCGACGGGAGGCAGAGGCAUGCGACUGUCUUCAGGGUUUUCAGAUUACGCACUCUCUCGGUGGUGGGACCGGUGCUGGUAUGGGUACGCUUCUGAUAUCAAAGAUUCGAGAGGAAUUUCCAGAUCGCAUGAUGGCCACUUUCUCCGUCGUGCCAUCACCAAAAGUAUCGGACACCGUCGUCGAGCCAUAUAAUGCUACAUUAUCUGUCCAUCAGUUGGUCGAAAAUUCGGACGAGACAUUCUGUAUCGACAAUGAGGCGCUCUACGACAUUUGCAUGAGGACACUCAAGUUGUCUCACCCGUCCUAUGGUGACCUAAACCACCUUGUCUCUGCAGUGAUGUCGGGGGUCACGACUUGUUUACGCUUCCCUGGUCAGCUCAAUUCUGAUCUUCGCAAGUUGGCCGUCAACAUGGUUCCGUUCCCGCGUCUACAUUUCUUCAUGGUCGGCUUCGCACCUCUCACCAGCCGUGGUGCUCACUCAUUCCGCGCUGUGACGGUGCCUGAAUUGACGCAGCAGAUGUAUGAUCCGAAGAACAUGAUGGCUGCCUCUGAUUUCAGGAACGGUCGCUACUUGACAUGCGCGGCUAUUUUCCGAGGCAAGGUCUCGAUGAAGGAAGUCGAAGAUCAAAUGCGCAAUGUGCAGAACAAGAACACUUCCUACUUCGUGGAGUGGAUUCCCAACAACGUUCAGACGGCCCUGUGCUCCAUCCCACCACGUGGUCUCAAGAUGUCUUCAACCUUCAUUGGAAACUCAACAUCCAUCCAAGAGCUCUUCAAACGUGUUGGCGACCAGUUCACUGCCAUGUUCCGUCGCAAGGCUUUCUUGCAUUGGUAUACUGGUGAGGGUAUGGACGAGAUGGAAUUUACUGAGGCCGAGAGCAAUAUGAAUGAUUUAGUUUCGGAGUAUCAACAGUAUCAGGAAGCAUCAGUGUCAGAUGCUGAAGAGGAGUAUGACGAGGAGCCUCCUGUUGAGGCCGAGGAGUGA